AUCCCGUAACACUGAAAAUAUGGGCUUCUUUUGUCAUUAUACAUAGCUUUUAGAUCAACAUUGCGAGUUAUAGCGUCUAAGUUAACAUGUUAUUCUAUUCAUCUGAUACAAAUCAUGAAAUAGUCAAUUACAAUGAAUGCUAAUGUCAUAAAAAUAUAUCUAAAUAGAUUCAUAAAUGUAAACAUUGAACAAGUACUGGGAUAUUAAUCUUAUAAAGGAAGAAAAAUGAGUAGACGGAAUUCAAAAUAUCCUGCGACGAUCAAACCUGAAGAUCAAGUUGGAAGGAAUGACAGGGUAGAGCCUGAACAGCUCUCAGAGGAACAGAUUGCAGAGCUUAAAGAAGCUUUCGGUCUUUUUGACAAAGAUGGUGAUGGGGAUAUAUCAACAAAGGAACUGGGCACUGUCAUGAGAUCAUUGGGACAGAAUCCAUCAGAUGAAGAAUUAGAAGAUAUGGUACGAGAGGUCGAUGUUGACGGUAAUGGGACGAUUGACUUUGAUGAGUUUUUACAGAUGAUGUCGCGGAAAAUGAAAGAAACAGAUACAGAAGAAGAAAUAAAAGAAGCGUUCAAAAUAUUUGAUAAAGACCAAAAUGGUCUUAUAUCUCCCGGAGAACUACGAAGUGUAAUGUGCAACCUUGGCGAGAAGCUGACUGACGAGGAAGUUGAUGAAAUGAUCAAAGAAGCCGACCAUGACGGUGAUGGUAUGAUUAAUUACGAAGAAUUUACUCGUAUGAUGAAAGAGUGAAAAGGAGGGAAAAACACAGUGAUGCGAUAUCUUUGCUGCAUUUUCUUUCACGGAAAUUGUUGUAUAGAGUAGACGCUGAAAAAUGACCACAUGAGGGCCAUAUAAAUAUGUACAUAUUAGAAAAGUUUCCCGUAUCUCUUGUGCAUGUAUUAAUUGCGUCUAUGAAAAUAUUACUAUAUAAUUGUUACAUAUGCAUGUGAUGAUGAGACCCAUUUAAGGGAAGACGAAAGAAUUACCUUUGACGUAUUGGCCCGUUUUAUCUUGGUGCAGGUUUGCAGUGGAAGCGCGUGAGAGACUAUGAAGCUUGUCGAAGACGUCCAUAGUGUAAAGAAGACAGCAUAUUUAGUUACCAGUAUAUUUAUUAUAUAUAUCUGACUGCUGUUGUUUGUUGCUUGGAUGUUUAGACGGUUUUAUAAUACAAGCGCACUACUUGUGUACAGGGACAAAACCUGUAUAGAGAAAAUGGUCUUAUUAUACAGUGUUGACUCCCUUGGCUAGGAUGGACAUAUGAAUAAAUACAUACAAAAGUGUUGAGGGUCUGACGAGUAUCACAUGGAAAGUACCAUCUGUGAUGUUUUUAUUUAAUAAUGGUUAGAAUAUAUAUCUGCUAUAUCACAGUAACAACCUCAAAAGUCAUCAGUAAGGGAACAAAUUGAGACAAAUUACAUAUGGUUUCGAAAGGAUCUGCGUUAAACAUGCUCCUGGGCUUGUAUGCGGAGUAGCUGGUUCAAACUUUUGACUGUGAAUGAAGGAUGCAUCUAUUUAGACUUUCAUGAUAAUGCAUGCUUUAAAGGCGGCUUUUAAGUGCCAGAAGAAGACACAAAUGGCCCGUCGGAACCAUGGUUAGAACCACCGAUAUUCCGCAUGUAAUCUAGACAAUUCCUCAUAUGCCGGCAUGAGGAAGGCUCGAAUUCAGAGUUGAUGUAAUGGGCAAUUUAUUUGACGUCAGUGACAUUAACCACGCCUUUAUCACAAAUGGGAGCCGAGUGGUAUAAGCCUUUCUUUGAAUAUGAAAACUAGUAGACAAUCGUAAAAAUCGAUUGUCAAAUUUUGAAAUGUGUGUGUAUUUUUUACAAUACCUGUGUUUUUUAUUCUUUCUUUUUCUUUUCAGCACAGUUCAUGUGUGAAAUUUGAAAAAAAAACAGUUGCUAGUACAAUAUUUCCAAAAUCUUGAAUGAAUGAGUAGGCAAGAGGCCUACAUUUGUAUACGUUUAUUUAUAUUGUCAACACAAUGUGACAUUAUGUUAUUUUGACAAACAAGAUGUUUCAUGAUGUGUGGGUGGGUGUUUCGCACAGUAAGGCUGUGAGUAUAAAUAAAUGUUCAAGUAUGCCAGAGA